GGUGGGAGAAAUCAUCCUCUCUUAAGGAGCAGGCAACGAGGAAGCCCACUGGAUUAUUGCAAAUGUCGCAUCAUGAAAACCUAUCUUAUGCUUUCAAGUUUGCUGUACCUGGCAUCGGGAGACACUAACACAGGUGGGAUCUGCUGGUUACAGCAAGGACGGGAAGCCAAGUGCACAAUGAUUCUCCAGAUGGGGGUCACUUGGGAAGACUGUUGUGGCAACGGAAAUAUGGACAUGGCCUGGUCAAAUUACUCACAUCCAGACAACAAGAUCGGCCUUCUUAGGAUCUUAGGCCUUGUGAGCUGCCACCCCUGCAAAGAGUCCUGCGAAGGGGUGGACUGUGGAGCAGGCAAGGUUUGCAAAAUGAAGCAUAGACGCCCACAGUGUGUCUGUGCACCCGAUUGCUCCAACCUCCCCAGAAAGCUCCAAGUAUGCGGCUCCAAUGGUUUCACCUACCAAGAUGAAUGUGAGCUUCUCACGGCCAAAUGCAAAGGCCAGCCUGACUUGGAGGUCAUGUACCAAGGACAAUGCAAAAAAUCUUGCUCCAGCGUGGUCUGCCCCGGAACCCACACCUGCGUGGUGGACCAGACAGGGAGUGCCCACUGUGUGAUGUGUCGCGUUGAACCCUGCCCAGACCCCACCAGCCUAGACCACACAAUCUGUGGGAAUAACAAUGUGACCUAUCCUUCUACAUGCCACCUACGGCGAGCCACCUGCUACUUCGGUCAAUCCAUAGGGAUCCGACAUUACGGAAGGUGUACAGUUCUGAAUAAAAAUGCCUUGGACACAGACGAUGCUGAAGAGAACUACAUCUGAAAAUCUAUUUUGGGGUGAUUUGUCCAAUUCCUAACGUUCAGGGGCAUUAUCUGUAAUAAUGUGCAGACUCUACAUUAUAUACCUGGUAUUUAUUAAAACCAAAAGGAAAAAAAAAUCUUAUUUAUACAAAAAGAAAUCGAUGUAACCUAGACAUAUCCCCAUUUCGAUCCUUGAGUCAUAGUUUGUACCAAGGGUAUCAGGAAAGAAGGUCAAAAAAGUCAAGAUGGUGGCAAGGACCAAGCAAUCAUAGCCCCGCCCAUUUAAAAGGAGGUGGGGCUUUGGUCUCUCUGGCGCUGCCACCAUUUUGAAUUUUUUUAGUCCUGCUUCUAGCGGAUCCCCAAACCCCUUUCAAAAAUAUUUUCUUCCAAAAGAGAGAAAAGUUUUCUUCCAUUGUUCUAAGGAAAAUCCACUUUUUAUCCCUCACUCAACCCUCCUCUAUCCAAACUUUCUGCUUCAACAAGACUUCAAUAAUACUUUUCUUCUGAUUUAAUGAAACAUUCCUUUUUGAUUCCUCUGACUCCUUGGAGAUGAACUUAACAGGUAGUCCUUGACUUACAACCAUUCAUUUAGUGACCAAAGUUAUAACAGCACUGAAAAAAGUUACUUAUGACCAGUUCUCACUCUUAUGACCAUUGCAGCAUCUCCAGGGUCAUACGAUCAAAAUUCAGGGGUUUGGCAGCUAUCAUGUAUUUACAAUAAUUGCAACAUCCCACGGUCAUUCCCACCCAGCUUCUGGCAAUGAGGGAAUCUGGAUUUGCUUAACAACCGCAUGAAUCACUUAACAAUUUCUAUAACAACUGUUGCAAAAAAAGGUCGAAAAUCAGGUGUGACUCGCAUAACGACCAUCUUGCAUAGCAAUGGAAAGUUGGUCCCCGUUGUGGUCGUUAAGUCGAGGACUACCUCUAUAGUCUUACACGUCUCCACUCAGAAAAUUGGAAAGCUUAUAAAUAUUCCAAGUAACAGGAGUUUGUCGUGUAAAUAGUGUGUGUGUGUAAUUGGGAGGUAUCACACUGAUGAUAGCCAGUGAUCGGAUCAACGUUAUCUAUAUAUCGAUUUUAAAUUUGUCAUCUGCUUCACAGUGUGUGUUGUAAAAUGUGUACAUAGCCUCCUUUCACUGAUGGUCUUCCAGAAGUAUUACUCUUUUUCUUUAUGUGUUUAAAACAGGCAAUUUCUCUAUUUUUGUACGCUCGAGUCCCUGAUUUUUUAUUUUUGGGUUACUUCAAGUCAGUCUUGACCCUUGACUCAGUCUUUUCCUUGGAAAGAUUUCCAGAGUGGUUUGCCAUUGCCUCCUUCUCAGGGCUGAGUCAGAAUGACUGGCCCAAGGUCACCCAGCUGGCUUUGAGCCUAAGGCAGGAGUAGAACUCCCUGUCUCUUGGUUCCUAGCCUGGUGCCUUAACAGGUAAAUCAAACUGACUACCUGAUAUGUUUUACACCCCUUCAUUUGUCGGAUGUAGCUCUAGAACAGGGGUAUCCAACCUUGACAAAUUUAAGAUCUGUGGUUACGACCUUUAAAGCGCUCCAUGGCUUAGGGCCCGGGUACUUACGGGACCGCCUGCUGUUACCGCAUGCCUCCCACCGACCCGUACGCUCUCACAGAGAGGGACUUCUCAGGGUGCCGUCCGCCAAGCAAUGUCGGCUGGCGGCCCCCAGGGGAAGGUCCUUCUCUGUGGGGGCUCCCACACUCUGGAACGAGCUUCCCCCGGGUUUACGCCAAAUACCUGACCUUCGGACCUUCCGUCGCGAACUGAAGACACAUCUUUUCAUUCGCGCAGGGCUGGCUUAAAUUUUAUCGAUUUUAAAUUUUUUAUUAAUAAUUUUAAAUGGGGUUUUAGUUUAUUAUAUAUUUUAAACUUUUUAGGCUAAUUAUAAAAUAAGUUUUUUAAUUUGCAUUUUAAAUUGUACAUUGUAUUGCCUGUUUUAUUUUUGCCUGUACACCGCCCUGAGUCCUUCGGGAGAAGGGCGGUAUAAAAAUCAAAAUAAAAAAUAAAAAAUAAAUAAAACCCGCAGAAUUCCCCAGCCAGCUUAACAAAUGCCAUUUAAGCGGCAUUUGCUUAAACAACCACUGCCAAAAAAGUUCAUGAAAUCAGGCUGGUCACAAUCACAACUUGCGACCAUAAUGGGCAAGUUCCAUUUGAAGUCUUUACUAUACAGAGCUUAAACCAAGAAUAAGCCUUUUUGCUGAAUUUGAACAAUUAAGAGAAAACUAAAAAAAAUGGAGGGAAAUGGCCUGGCCUUGCCUUUUUGUUCUCUUUAUUUCCUUUUACUUUUUUUUUUUUUUUUUGACUGAAGGAGAAAGAACUAAGGUGGUCUGCAAAUAAGGAAUGCUUGGCUGGCAAUCUCCAUUUUCCCAAAACGAGAUUGUUUUAUAAUAUUUAGGGCAAAGCAAUUGAAGAGUCGGAGGAGCCCUAAUAAAUUUGUUCUUUCCAUUCCUCUGAAUUUCUGAUUUGUGUAAAAUUAUUCAAGGGGGACUCGGUUGUUGUAAUCCAAAUAGACAUUGCAAUCUACCUGACUUCAUGGAAGCUUUCGCUGUGCUUUGGGGGACCAACCCUCCCAAGGUUUAAUCAAUUGCCUCUCUAUUUUCACCUGUAAAAUCCUGAUGGUUGCACAAUUCAAUUAACGGGAAGCCGAGUCAGGUUUCUCGCUGAAAUGCAUAAACGGCAGUGUUGUGGUUUGGGAUUGUUUUGAAUCAAGUGUAUGAGGAACUACAACUCCUCUACUAAAGAAUUUUGGUGGGCCCCUAUUUAAUUUUUCUCAGAAAAAAGGAACAAAAGAUGUGUCUUCUACCACAUCCAGCUUGACAAAUCACCCAGCAGGCAAAGAUUUGUGGCUGCCGUAAUUCGCUUCUGAAGAAAUUGUCAAAUUACUCCAGAUGGAAUGGUUUUGGUUUUACAAAAUAGGGAGCGAAUAGGAAAAACAGGGUUCAUUCAGGCCAAAUGGAAGAGGCAGGGAAUUUGCUGUGGUCCAGUGGUAGUUACACAACAAACAGAAGGCAGAAAACACAGGGUCAGGAAACAUCCGUUUCCCCCCCCCCCGCCCCGGUGAACAGGAACUUGCUAAAGUUAUUUUCUCUUGCGGGAGGUUGCAGCUUUCGGCCUGAAAGUGUUGAUUCAUUCUGGCUCCUGGACAGAUUGCGCCUCUUGCUGCAAGGCACAAUUCUAUGAAAACACAUUGUGUAGUCCAGCGCAUUGAGAAAAAAUUUAGAAGUUAUAUAAAACUCCCAUCAAGACAGAAUGACAGUAGGAAGGGACCUUGGAGGUCUUCUAGCUCUAGCAAGAAUACCAUUUCAGGCAAAUGGUUGUCCAAUCUCUUUUUAAAGACCUUCAGUGAUGGAGCAUCCACAAUUUCUGGAGGCAAGUUGUUCCACUAGUUAAUUGUCCUCACUGACUGGAAAUUUCUUCUUAAUUCUAGGUUGGUUCUCUCCUUGAUUAGUUUCCACCUAUUACUUCUUGUUCUACCCUCAGGUGCUUUGGAGAAUAGCUUGACUCCUUCUUCUUUGUGGCAGCCCCUCAAAUAUUGGAAGACUGCUAUCAUGUCAGCCCUAGUCCUUCUUUUCAUUAAAGCUCUUCAAGAACGAAGCAUCUUCAAGACGUCUUCAAGAAUGAUGCAUUCAGAGUAUUAUGAAAUCUGGGACAAAUUUUAUUAUUGGCUGGAAAGUGGGAGAAAUGCUGGGAUAUAGGACCAUUGACGAGUAAAAUGCUUGUAAGUUUUUAUGCUAAUUUGUUAGGAUAGAUACGAUUGAAUUAGAUAUCGAAAUAACCUAUAUGGAUGAAAGAAUAUAUGUAUUCGAAAUGUGAUAAUUAGUGUAAAUAUGUAUAGAGAUAAGGAAGUGUAUCAAUUAUAUGACAAAAUUUGAUGAAAACGUUUAAAACGGAGAUUUAAAAAAAAAAAGAACGAUGCAUCGCCAUCGUAAUUUUUAUUAGACUUUUGCUACUUCUUGUAUGUGCAUUGUACUCGCUUAUACCACAUUAGCAACCACCUGUGAGGGGGGACCUUGAGUUGUUCUUUCAAUUUACAGGAGCUGCUCUAUUUUUGCUUUAUCGCCUGUAAAGCGCUUAAAACUCACAGCUGGUGAUUGUACGAGUGGAUAAAGCUAAUAAUAAACUGUCAAAAAGUUUCAA